GAUAUCUGGUUUUGAAUCGCUGCACUUACGUAGUAUUGGAUGAAGCCGAUCGUAUGAUUGACAUGGGCUUUGAACCGAUGUACAUAAAAUUCUUGAAUAUAUGCCCGUUUCUAAUAUUAAAACUGACACUGAUCAAACUGAAGAUACUUUGGAAAAUUAUAACUCUAAAAAUAAAUAUAGACAAACUGUCAUGUUCACAGCUACAAUGUCUCCUGCUGUGGAACGCUUAGCUAGGCGCUAUCUCAGACGACCAGCUAUUGUCCACGUAGGAUCUGUAGGAAUACCAGUUGAUCGUACAGAACAAGUAGUUUAUAUGAUUCAUGAAAACGAAAAGCGCAAAAAGCUGAUAGAAAUAUUGAAGCGCCGUGAUAAACCUCCGAUAGUUAUUUUUGUAAAUCAGAAGAAAAUAGCUGAUGGUUUAGCGAAAUUUCUUGAGAAGCUAGGCUUCAAUUCUUGUACGCUACAUGGUGGCAAAGGGCAGGAGCAACGAGAUUUAGCGUUGACAAGUCUUAAGAAUGGCACCAAAGAUAUUCUCGUGGCAACUGAUGUUGCUGGUCGUGGUAUUGACAUCAAGAAUGUUAGCAUGGUCAUCAACUAUGAUAUGGCCAAAACAAUUGAGGACUACACACAUCGUAUCGGACGCACUGGGCGUGAUGGUAAAACCGGCAAAGCAGUAUCUUUUGUGACAAAUGAGGAUUCAGCCUUAUUCUACGACCUUAAGCAAGUAUUGCUUCAAAGCUCGUUUCUAGGUGCCCAUUAGAACUGAUGAACCACCCUGAGGCUCAGCAUAAACC